AAUAUUUGUUUCAGACCACCAGACCCAACCCAUCUCCUACAACCAUCUGUCUCUCGGUGUGUUCUGUUCUGUGAUCCUCUCUCUCUCUACAAACCUAAAAUCUCGGGACUUUCGAUCUCAGGGGAAGAGGAUCGUGAAAGAGAGGACUCGCGAUGACGAUUGGUGCGACGCUUCUCGAAUCGAAUAAGGCUAAAUGCUAUGCUCCGAGCUUCAUCACCGUCAAUCUCUGUCUUGCUCUUAUCGAUGGCGCUCUCGCUUUCAUCGCAUUCCUUCAGUUAACUCGGUUUCACCGGCGGGAUAAACGAGUUGGGUGGACACGACAAAAAGUGCUUCAUCUUAUGAUUGGCUCCUCAAACACUGGUUCUCUCAUCUAUUUCGUGGCUGCCAUUAUAGCAACGUGCACAAGGUGGCAUCAUUGGUCCACCGCUUUAGGUUUUCUGCUUAUGGCGUUUCCCAAAAUUCUGUUUCUUGCAACUUUUCUCCUGCUCCUCUCUUUCUGGGUAGAUGUUUGCCAUCAGGGAAAUGGAGAAGAGGAAGAUGAGGAUGAUGAAGAAAGCAACAGCAUCCAGCAAGGGUUGCUUGAAAAAACCAAGAUCAAACCAGGCUCUUCGAGUGCAAGUGACCGCAGAAAGUGUUGCUCUUUCCAUGGGAUUCAUCUCGGCACUAGGCAGAAGUUUGUUGUUGCGGCGGUUGUUCUUGUGUUCAUCUUGAUGAUAUCAUUUGCUAUCCUUAUCUGGAUUGCUUCCGGUGAUAACUCUGCUGAUCCUUCACUAUUGGCUGAGGUGUAUGUAGAUAUUUUCGCUUCAAUAAUCCUAAUCACAGGAGGAGGAAUAUGUUUCUAUGGAAUGCGUCUGCUCUUUAAUCUAAGGAAGGUAAGGUCCGAACAAGUUUCAGCAGAGAUGAGAAAGGUAUCAGGUUUAGCAGGCGUCUCAGUUGUAUGCUUCACCGUCAGCUCUUUACUCGCUCUUCUCACACACAUUCCGCUUUUCUAUCAUUGGAACCCAAGCAAACUACACGGUGUCAAGGCAUUGGUUCUUAUGAUCAUAUACUAUUUCAUAGGUUCGACCGUACCGUUGGCUUUUGUUUUAUGGGUUCUGCGGGAGUUACCUCCUCAAGAGAUUGUGAGUAGACGUGAAGAACAGAGAAGAAUCACUUAUGUCAACUAUGAAAGUGUUGCAAGGCAGACUCAGCAGCAGCAGUGGACUGCCACAACCGUUUCUAAGAACCAGGUUUCGAAGGCAAGUCCAAUAUGAACCCAAAUAAACAUAUAUCAUAGUUUGAUAGCAUGGAGUGAAAAUCCGCCAAUGUUCCUCUCUUGUUACCCGGGAAAAGAAAAAAAAAACCUCGUGGAGUUGCGUGAUAGUUGUAGACCAAACAAAGGUGUGUCGUGGUAGAAGGAAACGAAAGUAGAAACAACUCAGUUUUCUUCUAUCUCUCUCUCUUUCUUGGAAGACAACAGUUUGUUUAUAAAAAAGAUAGAAUGGAGGUCCUGUAAAUAUUUUUUCUUUGAACGACAGAUUCUUUAUUUUUUAGUUUUAGUUGCAUGAAAUGUGAUCUUGUGGAUACAUAUCUUUUACUUAUUUCAGUAAGAAAAUCUGAUCUCCCUUGUUAAA